AUGGGUCUCUGGGAUGCCAUGUACCGCGUGGUGAUGCGCCGUAACGGCGUGUACGUCACCUUCGUCGUCGCCGGCGCCUUCGCUGGCGAGCGGCUGGUGGACUACGGCGUCAACAAGGUCUGGGAGAUGAACAACGUCGGGGUAAUAUUCUCUCUCCGGGGCCUUCCCAUCGUUUGUUCGUUUGACCUUUCGUGA